GCUCUGUUUCUUCCAAUCCUGCAAUCACGGUUGGCAUCAAUUCUGCUGGCCACUUAGAUCAGUCAACCACACUCGGACCCAAGCGCACCGUGUGCCUGAUGAACAGGGUUCGACUAAUUCAGUUGAAAUUUUCUGGGAGACAUCCUGCCAACUGUCGCAAUAACUAUCGUCGACACUCGUCGACCCUACUUGAUUGGGUUCAAGGAACCCGAUUUCUGGCUCACGUUGACUCCGUAAUCGUCACCCAAAAGCCGGCAGACCCCAGUUUCGGAAGGAAUCUAGAAUCCGGAAAACAGCUCAGCAACGAAGGCGAUCAACGAGAGGUCCAUAAGGCGACAGAGCCAUUCCAACGGCUACCAUAUUUGUGGGCAGCGACAUUUAUCAGGCCCAUAGUUCGGGUAUCCGAUCCACCUUUGGGUAGCCACCGUUUCUCGCUAGAAAGCCCAGCCGUCAAUCCGCUACCCCGUUCAACCCGUUGUCAAUCAAUCGUCUCUGGGUCUUGGUCUUUGAGUGACACCCGCCCCAAAGGACGAUCACCAAGGAUCUCCCCCCCGGUCUCCGUUGUGACCACUAUCGAUAAAAAACGGUUCCCUGUGAAAGUUGCAUUUCUUGACCUGGACCCCUGCUCCGGAAGACCAACCAGCAUUCUCCCCCAGCUGCGCUCCUUCGGUCAAAGUCGCACUCAUUCCGCCGCCUCUGCCACACUGUCUCCCCUCUUUUGGACGGUGUCACAGCAUUUCGACUGACGAAAGGCGACGAGUACAUACUGUACUGUCUGCCACCAUCCCUACCUGGCAACCCGCUGUCGCAGCCAGACCAUCCAAUAUCCUUCUGCCCACCCGCAAGGCCCAAGGGCCAAAAACAAAACCCAUCGACUGUCGCAGGCAUUUUAUUUUUCUUCCCCCCCCCUCGCCUGCUGGCCUGUCAAAACACCUUUGGAGGUUUCCCAAACCAUAGUCCCGCCCACCUUGAGCGAUUCUUUUUCCAGAAUCA